CUACAAAUUCCCCUUCAAACCGUUUCAACUCCCAUCACUACUCCUUUUCGUCUACCCAACACUAGAUAAAAUCACACAAAAAUGGCCAACGCCAUGAGACCUACUCUUGUCCUUGCACUUCUCUUCUUCCUCUCUUUCAACUCAUCCUUCGCAGGGACAUACAAUGUGAUAACUUAUGGUGCAAAAGCUGACGGCGUAACUGACACCACCAAUGCAUUUAAUGCAGCGUGGAUUGCCGCUUGCGGCUCUAUAGAGGCUGCAACCAUUAUCGUUCCCGGUGGAAGAUUCCUGGUUGGCAGCAACAUGGUGUUUAAUGGUGGGUCGUGCAAGAGCAGUGACAUCACCAUAACAAUUAAGGGGACGCUGGUGGCUCCCGGAGACUAUAAUGUUCUCGGGAAUACCGGGUACUGGCUUUCCUUUGAGUCUGUCAAUGGGGUUUCCAUCGUCGGCGGGGUCCUUGACGGCCAAGGUUCAUCGUUGUGGGCUUGUAAGACGUCCGGGAAGAGUUGCCCCAGCGGAGCUACGACAUUGGCCUUUACCAAUUCUAAAAACGUCGUCGUAAAUGGCUUAACCUCGCUGAACAGCCAAUUGUACCACAUCGUAUUCAACGGCUGCCAGAACGUGACAAUGCACGGCAUAAGGCUCAGCGCCGCCGGCACCAGCCCCAACACCGACGGCAUCCACAUCCAGUUCUCGACCAAUGUCACCGUGCUCAACUCCAGGGUAGGAACAGGUGAUGACUGCGUCUCCAUCGGGCCCGGAACCCAGAAUUUGUGGAUCGAGAACAUCGCAUGCGGGCCUGGUCAUGGGGUCAGCAUCGGAAGUCUGGGGAAGAGCGCGAACGAGGACGGAGUCCAGAACGUGACAGUUAGAAGAGCAACAUUUUCCGGUACACAAAAUGGGUUCAGGAUCAAAUCGUGGGCGAGGCCCAGUACCGGUUUUGCCCAGAACAUUCUUUUCCAACACGGCAUCAUGAAUAAUGUCCAAAAUCCUAUAGUCAUUGAUCAAAAUUAUUGUCCGAACAACCAAGAUUGUCCUGGUCAGGUUUCUGGGAUUCAAGUGAGUGAUGUAACAUACAACAAUGUUAGUGGAUCGUCAGCCACAAAAGUUGCGGUUAAAUUCGAUUGUAGCUCAGAAUAUCCAUGUACAGGGAUAACGUUGGAGAAUGUGCAGCUGACUUACAAAAACCAGAGAGCUGAAGCUUCUUGUGCCAAUGCUGCCGGAACUGCUUCUGGUUUGGUUCAGCCCAACAGCUGCUUGUAGUGGGGAAAAGGAAGAUGAAAAAAAAUGCAAUGUUUUAUUGCAUGAUUUUUGCAUUCAAAAAUUAAUGUUGUUGUGGUACUGAAAAUGGUUAUUGCUUGAGCCUGUGGCGCUGUCUGGCUCACUCACUGGGCCAGAUUAUUAGACUUUUGAGCCUGGUCUUGCAAUCACUUAUGCUUUUGAUUAAGAGUUAAUAUGUGACCCAACCCAUUAGGAUUUAUAAAUACAAAAUUGGUUG